UAGUGCUGCAGGCAAGACCUGCCUUCUGCACUGAUGUCAGCAGCCAGGGCGGGACUUUUACAGCCCUCUGGCUUUGGGGAUUUUUUUUUUUCCCUUUUUUUUUUUUUUUUGGGAUAAUCCUGGCAAAAUUCCUGAGCAAAGUUUUUUUCCUUUUUUUUUUUUUUUUCUUUAUUUGAGCAGCCCCUCUCCAUGCUGCCUGUGAGCUGCUCUCUUAUUACUGCUCACUUCCUGAAAGGAGACUUCUUAGCAAAGGCUCUUGCUCCAGCGCUGCCUGGGUCUGACAGAAGAAGGUUAUUGAGGAAGGCGACAUAAACCCUCAGCCUGGAAACUUUCUGACACGCGCAGGACCGAGGGGGAGAGAGGAGCUUUUGGCUGCUGCUGCGAGAAAGAAGAAGAAGAAAAAAGCUCAAAGAAUUCAAAAGGGGGGAAAGAAGAAAGAAGGGAAAACACUCAAAAAGGGCAGUGACAGUCAUUAAAGUGUAUUUUGAAGCCAGGGAAACUGGAGGAGAGAGGAUCUCUAGAUUGCUGCUCGCUACCACCCUGCUAAUGCUUUUCUUUCAUGCUCUUCUUUAAGGGAUCAGGGGCAAUGCCACCGAGAACCUGGGGCUCACACUAGCCCAUGCUGACCCCGCACAGCACACGGCAAAGACACCGUUGGCUUCGCUGCUUUGGGAGAGCACGGAGCGGCCGAGGAUGCCUGCGGAGGGACCGAGGACUCCUGUCUCUACAUAAGCAGUGGCCGAGGGAGAGACAUGUUGGGACAGCGCCCUUUCAGCUGGCACAAUACUCCCUGCACUGAGACAAGCAUCGCUAACCAUGGCCAUAGCUUGGAGGCUUCUCACGUGGACUGUCAUCUUCACUGCGGCUCUGCGCAACUUUCCCGGUGACACGUUCCAGUCACAAGAGGAGUUCCUCUCCAGCCUGGAUCACUAUGAAAUCGCCUUCCCCAUCCAAGUGGACCAAAACGGGGACUUCCUCACCUUUGACGUGAGAAGCCAGUUGAAGCAACGUCCUCGGCGCAGCCUGGGCUCCUUGCCCUACGAGCCAUCUGAGCAGCAGGUCUUCUACAAAGUCUCUGCCCACCGAACCCAGUUCCUCCUCAACCUGACCCUGCACUCCAACCUGCUGGCUGAGCAUUUCACUGUGGAAUACUGGAAGCGAGAUGGUGUGGACUGGCAGCAUGAUUUCCAUGAAGACUGCCACUACGCAGGACACUUGCAGGAUCAGUACCUGAACUCAAAGGUCGCCAUCAGCAACUGCAAUGGACUGCAUGGGGUGAUCGUCGCAGAUGAGGAGGAGUAUUUCAUUGAGCCAUUGAGCCCGGGAGCCAACGUCAGCACAGGGAGUGAGGGCAAGGGCAGCCCCCACGUCGUGUACAAGCGGUCGUCUCUGCAGUACCCACACAUGGAUGCGGCCUGUGGCGUGCUAGAUGAGAAGCCCUGGAAAGGGAGGCACUGGUGGCUGCGGACGUUGAAGCCCUCCCCGCUGAAGCCCUCGGGCAACCACAGCCAGCGCGGCCAACUGCCCCUGAAGAGAUCCGUGAGCACGGAGCGCUACGUGGAGACCCUGGUGGUGGCUGACAAGAUGAUGGUGGGGUACCACGGGCGGCAGGACAUCGAGCAGUACAUCCUGGCCAUCAUGAAUAUUGUUGCCAAACUUUUCCAGGACUCGAGUCUGGGCAAUAUUGUCAAUAUCCUGGUGACCCGGCUGAUUCUCCUCACCGAGGAUCAGCCCACACUAGAGAUUAAUCACCACGCUGGGAAAUCCUUAGACAGCUUCUGCAAGUGGCAGAAAUCCAUUGUGAACAGGAAUGGCAAUGGGAAUGCUAUCCCCGAGAAUGGCAUAGCCAACCAUGACACCGCAGUGCUGAUCACCAGAUAUGACAUUUGCAUCUACAAGAACAAGCCAUGCGGCACGCUGGGCUUGGCCCCCGUUGGUGGGAUGUGUGAACGAGAACGAAGCUGCAGCAUCAAUGAGGACAUUGGCCUGGCCACAGCUUUCACCAUUGCCCAUGAGAUUGGCCACACGUUUGGCAUGAAUCACGAUGGGGUCGGCAACAGCUGUGGCUCCCGUGGGCAAGAAACAGCCAAGCUCAUGGCUGCUCACAUCACCAUGAAGACCAACCCGUUUGUAUGGUCCACGUGCAGCAGGGAUUACAUCACCAGCUUCCUGGACUCCGGGAUGGGAUUAUGCCUGAACAACGCUCCUCCCAAGCAAGACUUUAUCUACCCAACAGUGGCUCCAGGACAAGCCUAUGAUGCAGACGAGCAGUGCCGUUUCCAGUACGGAGUUAAAUCUCGCCAGUGUAAAUACGGGGAAGUCUGCAGUGAGUUAUGGUGUCUGAGCAAAAGCAACCGCUGCAUAACCAACAGCAUCCCUGCUGCUGAGGGGACCAUAUGCCAAACCAACACCAUUGAAAAGGGGUGGUGCUACAAGAGGGAGUGCGUGCCUUUCGGCACCCGGCCGGAGGGCGUGGAUGGUGCCUGGGGAGCCUGGUCCUCCUGGGGGGAGUGCAGCAGGACAUGCGGUGGAGGUGUCUCGUCAUCCGUUCGCCACUGUGACAGCCCCCGGCCCACGAUCGGGGGAAAGUACUGCCUGGGGGAGAGGAAGCGGUACCGGUCCUGCAACACCGAUGACUGCCCGCCGGGCUCCCAGGACUUCCGAGAGCUCCAGUGUGCCGAGUUCGACAACGUCCCCUUCCGAGGGAAGUACUACACCUGGAAGACGUACCGCGGAGGGGGUGUUAAAGCCUGUUCCCUCAACUGCCUGGCCGAGGGCUUCAACUUCUACACAGAGCGAGCGGCGGCCGUGGUGGACGGGACCCCGUGCCGGCAGGACUCCAACGACAUCUGCGUCAAUGGGGAGUGCAAGCACGUGGGCUGCGACCGUGUCCUGGGCUCUGACUCAAAGGAGGACAAGUGUCGGGUGUGUGGUGGAGACGGCAGCUCCUGUGAGACCAUCGAGGGUGUCUUCAACCAGUCCCUGCCGGAGGGAGGUUACGAGGAGGUGAUCCAGAUUCCCAAAGGCUCUGUCCACAUCGACAUCCGGGAGCUGAACCUCUCCAUCAACUACCUAGCACUGAGAGGGGAGAACGGCGACUAUUACAUCAAUGGGAAGCUCUCCAUCGACCCACCACGGCGCUUUGACAUCGCAGGCACAACAUUCCACUACAGGAGAUCCCCAGAUGAGCCUGAGUCCCUGGAGGCCUUGGGACCCACCAACGUCACCCUCUUUGUCAUGGUCCUCGUACGGACAGAGCUGCAGGGGAUCCGGUACAAGUUCAACGCGCCCAUCGGCAGGGAUGCCUCCAACCAGUAUUCCUGGCACUACGCCCCAUGGACAAAAUGCUCAGUGCUGUGUGCUGGGGGCAGCCAGAUCCAGUCUGUGGUGUGCAGGAAGCUUUCCGAUGGCUCAACUGUCUCCAACCACUUCUGUAGCCCUGAAGCCAAAAUGCCCGAGCGGCAGCGGCUGUGCAAUGUGGAACCGUGCCCUCCGGCCUGGGUGAUUGGGAACUGGUCUGAAUGCAGCCGAAGCUGCAACGAGGGCGUCCGCACGCGCAGCGUCUUCUGCAAGCGUAAGAUCUCUGCCGCUGAGGAGAAGACCUUGGAUGAUGCUUCCUGCACCCAUCCACGGCCAAAGAUGCUGGAGCCUUGCAAUAACCAGACGUGCCCUCCAGAGUGGGUUGCCCUGGACUGGUCUGAGUGCACCCCAAGCUGCGGGCCCGGUUUCCGCCACCGCAUCGUCCUCUGCAAGAGCGGUGACCACAGCACAACUCUGCCCCCGUCCCAGUGCCACGAAGGCUCCAAGCCCCCGAGCAGCAUGAGGUGCAACCUGCGGCGCUGCCCGCCUCCGCGCUGGGUCACCGGCGAGUGGGGAGAGUGCUCUGCACAGUGUGGCCUUGGCCAGCAAAGAAGAUCCGUCCAGUGCCUGGCUCAUACUGGGCAGCCGUCCAGCGACUGCGUGGAGACCCUGCAGCCUCCCGGCAUGCAGCAGUGUGAGACCAAGUGUGAAUCGGGACCUACAGACAACCCUGAAGAAUGCAAGGAUGUGAACAAGGUGGCCUACUGCCCGCUCGUCCUGAAGUUCAAGUUCUGCAGCCGGACCUACUUCCGACAGAUGUGCUGUAAAACGUGCCAGGGGCACUAGGGAGCCAGCGUGACCCCCGUGGGAUAACUGGAAGGCAAAAGCUCUGCCAAAGGGCCACCAAGCCGUGCCCUUCCUUCUCCGUCCCGGCAACCUCCCCUGGGCCCAACACAGACACUGCUCGUGCUUCCAGCGGGAGCCGGCGUCACCCAAACCCGUCCCCCAAAGACACGCACCCUUGGCCCCUGAGCUUCCCAAGGGCAGGCUCCCAGUUAAAUCACACCAGUGCGACAGGAGCCGGCCGAUGGGCGCUGGGAGAAGCUGGGCGCAGCGCAGCAGCGAGGACGUUACUUGAACUUCUGACUUGUUAUUUAUUAGUAGCAGACCCAGGUCCUGCAGCCAGCCAAGAGGCACCGCUCACCCCGCUCCUGCCUCGUCCUGCUCCGUGCCCGUGUCCCCACGGCGUCUGGUCUGCAGCGGAGCAUCCCCGGGGAGGGCGCUGCCUGUCCCUUGGGCAUCCCAGGGCAGACAAGGAAGAGGUUUGAGGUGCCGCAGGUGACGAGCGUGGCUUGUGGCUGCUGGGUGAUGGAUGAAGAUGAGCUGCGGUGGGGAAUGGGGUUGGAGCACUUUGGUUGCCUUGGUUUGCCUCCUGUCACCUUGGGGCAUGCAGGAGGGGACAGAGAGCAGGUCACUCAGUGAGCAGAGU